AAAAAGAUAUGCGGUUUUAAAUUGACAUAUCUGUAAUGAUAUGAUUGUUAUUAUUAUUACGCAACGUGGUAAUCUAAAAUGUAUGCUGUGACGUAACACACACGUAUAGGCAAACGAGCUAAAAUAAUUGUGACUUCUUCAUCAUUUUACAUAUCCAUUUCAAUAUGCAAAAAAGAGGAUCCUAUAAAAAUCUGGAAACUUUUAUCAGAAGAAGUACCAGGUUUCUUUCCGAAUUAAUUAAUUUUGUUCUUAGGCAUAAUCCUGAGCAAACUGAAAUCGCGAAUUCGCGACAAAGUUCGUAACUGCUCGCGCGAUCGCCGUGCAGAAGAGAUUAAAAUUCAUGUUGGAGACGUUCCAGCGUGAUGUAGCGCGUAGCAAAGAAGGAUAACGAACGACAUAUCCCAUUAUAAAGACUGUGUGCAUUAUUAUCUCGGAUUAAAGUCCUCGAUCGUAAACUAUGUAAGCACAAACAGACUCGAACUGGGUCAUGUACAAGCGACUAUACGAGAUUACUGCGUUGCGUGAACGUACAAACCAAGCGUACCUAUGCUCGAUGUUCCUUUGUGGAUGAUGUAUGCAAGCUCGCGUGUGCACGCAGCUUCGUAUAUGCGAUACCGAUACAUGCAAGACGGUCUGAGAAGAUAUCGCUAAGUGGCCGCCGAUAUACGGAACGGUAGAUCAGUUUAAAACCACCUGUCCCAGAAGGUGGAACACUCCGUGGAGACUAAUCGUUUAUCGGUGAUCGCGUAUCCGAUCUAAUCGCCGACUUAGCGCUAAGAUUCGGAAGUAUUGUCGCAUCCUGAAGAAGAAAUGGAUCGUAUUAAAAAAAAGAGAAAGAAGACAGGCGGUGACAAGAAAGUGCUGUUGUCCAUCGUUAAUCCUUGGGACGUGAAGGUGGCCAGUGUCGAUCCGGUCGGGUUGGCCGAACGACGGGGCGUCUCCUUGUCCAUUUUAUCUUCUAAUCAAAACGAAGGCAUUAAACAAGAUUGGCCGACCUUGAGCAGACCUGUCAAGAUACCGUCACCCUGGUACAAACCCGGUUGCGGAUCCACGGGUCACGUUAGCUUCGAGAAAUCAACACUGAAUGACCAAUUCUGGUUGAACCCUUGGUAUCCGUCGCAAAGUGAUCCUCGAUAUAUUUCAAGCUCGACGGCCAACGUGACUGACCGCUUCCCGUCGUCGGGUUCGUCCAAGAAAAGAGGCAACCAGCAAAGGAAAGACGAGACAAGGCACGAUGUCGAGGCGGACGAGGUCGACAAUGGAGUAAUCAACAGCGGCUCGCAGGAAAUUAGCCGCGACGAUCUCGAUGCGGAUGACACAGCUUCGGCGCGAGUGCGUUUCGCGAUUGACAAAGCGGAAUCGAAGCGGGAUGGAGUGCGACGUGAGAACGGGCAAAGUGUCAACGGUGUGUCACAAGUGUUGAUGGAAAAUCGUAACGUGAACAAUAAUCCGAGAUCCGAACGACCUAUAAUCGUGCAGCAGAAUCGCGCGAACGGAGUGACCGCAGAAAAGCAAAAAAAAAAUUUGCGAGAAACGGACGAUGUGGAAGUUGGUGAGAAUGAGAGGAAUGCGAAUGAUGAACGAGAACAUGGUGAUUCACAGAUAGUUGGAGAGAAGCCAGCCGUCGUCGACAUCGUCAAGGACUUGGUGAAAUCCAGGUACAGUCCACAAACCGCGACGGAGAAGAGACUUAAAAGGAUGCCAUCAUGUCGUCAACAAGAAACAUCGAAGGAAAUAGAUCCAGUAGGCAUUUCGAACAAAUUGAACGAUAAUGCCAAUGCAAUUAUUAACAUUGCCAAACGAGGGAAUAAUCGAGAAGUCGCCGACGAGAAGAAGACAGUGUUGCCUGAAGUGACACCAUUGCGCGUUACGAACAUAAGGAAGACCAGCAUCUCUAUGCCCAGCAAACUCGACGAGAUGGACGAUCUUCGAAUAGACAGACAAAACGGAACCGCCUCGAAAUUCACAAGAACGGAAAGCGAGUCGAGCAGUAGCGUGACUUUCAGUAACAGCGGCUCGACACCGAAUGGAAGUCCUCUGGGAUCCGAGACGGAAGAGGAAGCAAAUGAUGAGGAGAUGGCCAAGGUGCCUCUGCAAGCUCCACCACGAAGAAAAGGCAGAGCGAUGUCACCAUCGAUCAACGAAAAAAUGAGAAACGACACCACGGAACUUUCGGGUGUGCAAAGUGCAAAUUCCACGAUAACCAGCGUGAACAGCAUCAGUAGCCUCCUGAAAGAAAAAUUGCAGCUAUCAUUGCCGCAAGCGUUACGAAGUAACACAAGACGACAGAAUGCCGAUUACAGGCUUAGAGCAUUCGUUGGUAUCCUUUUCCUCUGCGUUGUCUUUCUCGUGGGAUUCGCACACAUUUAUUAUACACAACAUGUUUUACAACGAGCUUAUUUUGAGAAGUUCAGACUCAAUAAGAACGAAAGAGUGAUGAGAGUGUACAGCAACACUGGCGCGGAGAUAAUCGCCGCUCGAUUUGGUGAAGGUAUCCCACCGGACACGGGAGUGUAUCCUUGCUUACCCCAUCAUCAGAAACAGGACUCGGUCUGCCUCGAGUGGCUGCAACAGACGCGACUCUACCUGGCUCACACGAAACAGGAGGAUAUGCACUGUUAUCACAUUACCUGGCAAAGUCUGAGUCCUUAUUACAAUCCAAAGGAUUGCUUCGAUUGGUCGUCAAAGAGAGGACAUUGGUAUGGCGCUGGUCAAAUCCAGAACAUGGCGUAUCCUCUGGAACGUGGUCGCCUGGAACUAAGUCCCUUCAUCACGGGCGACGUGAGGAAACAUCCUUUCGGCAACGUGCUGAAGAGAUACUUUCUCAAUUCAAAGGGUGCCACGAUCCUCGUAGACUCUGAAACACCACUGUACGUUUCCAUCAACGCCAAUCGGACCAACGACUUCUGUCUCCAGGCCAAACAUGAUGCUUUUGCCUACAUCAAUCACCUAACACCGCUACCUCAGCUCAAUUACACUAUCUGCGCUACUGACAACAUGAAGAGUCUGCAUUCCUCCAUGGCCGAAAAAUCUCUCUGGGAUGGUUUAAAGCCCGAUGAGCUACACGCUGUGCAUUCUCUGCUGUCCGAGCCAGUCUGGCAAAUUUCGCCAAUCAACGAGGCGGCGAUUUAUAAUUACACUGAGGACGUGAUAGCGCUGGGAUUCCUUCGACAAGGACAUGUUCUGCUGAGUGAGGAAUGGCAGCCCAGUCCAGGUGAUUUUGUGUUGGACGAAGAGCGAUUUCCUUCCAUGGAGGAAACUAUCAAUAUUAUUCAUCGCAGAGGUUUUAGGAUAGUCUUCAGCAUUCAACCCUUCAUUUCCACGGAAUCCAUGAACUUUAAGGAUGCUGUCGCUAACAGACUACUGAUCUCCGAGAGAGGAAGCGAUCCUAGAAUUCCAGCGUUGACGAGAUACAAGCAAAGUAACAGCGCGGGCGUGCUCGAUAUCACCAACAACAAGACCCUACCCUGGUUACAAACGAAACUCGAGAGCUUGAUCACGAAGUACCACGUGGACUCGUUCUACCUCGACUUAGGCACUGCUCAGGACAUGCCGCAUUACUAUAAAUGCGAGCAGCCACUAACUAAUCCCGAUCACUACAAGACUAUCUUCACUCGCUCGAUAUUAAGCACGAUUCCCGUGAUCGGCGUAUCUAGUGCCAUUUCCAGGCCGCGAGCUCCUGUUUUCGUAUCUUUACCUACCUUUCCGUCAUCUUGGAAGGCUAUCAAAACUGUCAUUCCCACCGUUCUUAGCUAUGGCAUGAUCGGCUAUCCGUUUAUCAUGCCAGGAGCCGUGGGCGGUGACGUGGCCCUGCCUAUGUCAGACAACAAUCCCGAUAAUGACUUCGAGGUAAAUCUACCGGAUAAAGAACUCUAUAUAAGAUGGUUGCAGCUGUCCACCUUCUUGCCGGUGAUCCGGUUUACCCAUUUACCCAGCAAAUACUCGGACGAGUCAGUCCUGGAGAUCGCCAAGAGGCUGACCACUCUGCGACAGAAGACGGUGACGCCGUUGCUGAAGAAAUACGCGAACGAAACCUUGGACACCGGGCUUCCCAUCAUCAGACCUCUCUGGAUGCUGGAUCCAAACGAUCCGGCCUGUCACGUAGUGGUUGAUGAGUUCUCUGUGGGAGAAGAGCUGAUUGUAGCACCGGUGCUUUAUUCAGGCAGCAGACAGAGGGAGGUUUACCUACCGGCUGGAGUCUGGCGGGAUGGUAUCGACGGUAGUCUGAGAAAGGGCUCGCGAUGGAUCCACAAUUAUAGAGUGGCGGAGGACAAGGUAGCGUACUUCGUCAAGAUGCCGGAUAACACGAGAUUUUGAAGAACAUUGGAUCGUCAUAUCAUUUUACAUGAUACGGUACGAUGAAGAUGCCAAAGAAUUUCGAAUUCAUCACAACGAAAUACGCUUGCACGCUAUAAUGAUUGCGGAUUGUUCACAGCAAGUUACAUGAACAAUAUUGCGUGUUUGAUUCAUCAGCGCCAGACGGAUGCCAGAUUUUUAUCCAGCUAGGAAUUUUUAUUAACGCACACGACGAUUUCAUGUUCAAUUCCUGCAUUCUUCGAUGAAAUUUAAAAGUAUGAAAAUUGUUGUACAAUAAGAAAUAUUUUAUGACAUAUUUUUUAUAUAUUUAAAAAAUAUUUUUCAAAGUCGUAAGAACUUUGCAUGUGCAAAUGUGUUAUUUAAUAUUUAAUGUGAACACAUAUAUCCAGAUAUUUUGAUUACAAUAAUUAAGUAUUUAAUAGAUAGAAAUUUUAAAGUGCAGCAAGAUAGUUAAGCAGUGAUAAAUACUCAAUAUCAUGAAUAUAUAGAAUCAUAUGAUAUUUACACAUGCAUCAGUCAAGGGUGCCAGUCGAUGAAUAUACAAAGAAACUUUAAUUAUAUUAAGAAUAACAUGUACAACGUUACUACGUUUCAUGUAUACAAUACUGAUAAUAUCAUACCACGAUCGGUGCGUACCAUCAAUACAUGCUAAUAUACAUUAAAAGCACAAUAAUUAUAUGUAGAUUUAAUUUUGGCAA